AUGUCCACUGACAAGGAACUGUACAAGCUCGAGCUGCUUUCCCUGGUUUCUCGGGUAUCGCAAGAGCUAUUCAAUCACACAAAAUUGCAGGACAAAAAGCUGGCGGAAUUUGUGAUAGCUCAAAGCAAAACUCCUGAAGCAUUUCAAACGAAGCUCGGAGAAAUCGGAGCCGACUUCCCGGAAUGGUUUGUCAAGAAUCUCGAUAGAUUGAUCGUCACAAUGCAUCCAAAGUACAAGCGUAAAGCGGCAAAAGCGAAAGCAGCCACCGCUAGUGGCAAGGUGGGAAGCAAGCCCGAGAUAUUAGAUGAGCAGAAAGCUCUGCAGGCCAGGAAGUUCCCGGGUCUAUCUCUGCCUGACCAGGAUUGGACAACAGCGGACAAAUAUAUCGAAACGCGUGGAGCAAAAGAACCUGCAGUAGAAAAGCUUCCCGAGUCCCUUACCAUCGACGACACCUUGGCUCAGCUCGAGGCUGUUGCAUCGCGUCGGAAUAGACCGGCAGCUGAAGACUGGCUGGACGGAGAACCAUCGUCCAAGAGACCGCGAAAUGGAGAUAUGGAACGGGAUAAUGGAUAUGCUGGCAGGGAUAACGGGUACGGCAGAAGGGACAAUGGAUAUCGAGGAAGGGAUGAUAGGUAUGGGGGACAACCGUCAGACCAGUCUCGAGGACGACCGACCAUCGACGAUCGCCCAGUUCUGUACAAAAUCUACAAUGGCAGUAUCUCGAAUGUACGGGAUUUCGGUGCUUUUGUUACGCUCGAAGGGGUUCAAGGGAGAACCGAGGGCAUGGUGCACGUCUCCAGCAUCGCGAAUUCCCGUGUCACCUCAGCCAGUGAACUCGUCAAACGUGGCCAACGUGUCAAGGUCAAGGUCAUGUCAGUCGCCGGCACAAAGGUUGGCUUGAGUAUGAAAGAUGUUGAUCAGAACACUGGCGCCGACCUCUCACCACAUCUGCGAGUAAAAACGGCUGAGGAGCUGGCUGACGAGGAGAGACGUGCCGCAACCCAAAGUCUUACUGGCAGCAAUUCUACUCCCCUCAUCCAUGUUGAAGAACGUGGAGGCUCUAGUGCUAAACGACUAUCCUCUCCGGAACGGUUCGAAAUCAAGCAGCUCAUUGCAAGUGGGGUUGUGAGUGCUUCAGAUUACCCUGAUUUGGAUGAAGAUUUCAACCCAUCGGCUUCCAAUCGGGAAAUCGAUGAGGAUAUUGAUAUCGAGGUAAACGAGGUUGAGCCCACCUUCCUCUCAGGCCAGACUAAAGUCACCCUCGAACUGUCUCCCGUCAAGAUCAUCAAGGCUCCUGAUGGUUCAAUGAAUCGUGCUGCUCUUGCUGGUGCAUCUCUCGCCAAGGAGCGUCGAGAUCUUAAGCGUCUUGAUGCCAAUGAGCAAGCUGAUUCUGAGUCGCGCGAAAUAAAUCAGCCUUGGCUUGAUCCAAUGGCUAAUCAAACCGAACGUCAAUUUGCCUCUGAUAUCAAGGGAAAUCUCCUUGGCCAAAAAGCAGCUCAACUACCCGCUUGGAAAGCCGCCAACAAGGUUGUCUCCUACGGUAGAAUCACUUCUUUGAGUAUACAAGAACAGAGACGUAGUCUUCCAAUUUACAAAUUGAGGGACCAGUUGGUUCAAGCUAUCAGAGACGUAAUUGUUGUUGGAGACACCGGUUCCGGCAAAACCACUCAAAUGGCUCAAUAUCUUGCUGAAGAAGGGUUCCUUGAGAGGGGUCGUCUCGGAUGUACGCAACCCCGUAAAGUUGCUGCUGUGUCUGUAGCAAAACGUGUAGCGGAAGAAGUCGGUUGCCGGCUUGGAGCAGAAGUAGGGUAUACGAUCCGUUUUGAGGAUAUGACCAGUCCCGAGACCAAGAUCAAAUACAUGACUGACGGUAUGCUUCUGAGAGAAUUACUCGUUGACCCCGAUUGCACCAAAUAUUCCGUGAUCAUGUUAGACGAAGCGCAUGAAAGAACGAUAGCUACCGACGUGCUUUUUGGUCUCCUCAAGAAGGCAUGUAAACGUCGACCUGAUCUCAAGCUCAUCUGUACAUCUGCCACCCUUGAUGCCGCCAAAUUUGCUACAUACUUCUGGGGAUGUCCUAUCUUCACCAUUCCAGGUCGAACUUUCCCAGUUGAGACACUCUAUACUAAAGAGCCGGAACCCGAUUACCUCGAAGCAUCUCUCAUCACUAUCCUCCAGAUUCAUCUCAUGGAACCUGCAGGUGAUAUUCUACUGUUUCUGACAGGUCAAGAGGAGAUUGACACAGCUUGCGAAGUUCUCUACGAACGUGUGAAAGCACUAGGACCUCAAGUGCCGGAACUUAUCAUUCUUCCGGUCUAUGCUGCCCUCCCGUCUGAGAUGCAAUCGCGUAUCUUUGAUCCUCCGCCUCCAGGAGCCCGAAAGGUUGUCAUUGCUACGAACAUUGCCGAAACAAGUAUCACCAUAGAUGGUAUUUACUACGUUAUCGAUCCUGGAUUUGCAAAGCAGAAUGCCUACGAUCCCAAACUUGGAAUGGACUCCUUGAUUCCUAUUUCUCAAGCCCAAGCCCGUCAACGAUCUGGUCGAGCAGGCCGAACAGGUCCCGGCAAAUGCUAUCGGCUCUACACGGAAAUCGCAUAUCGGAAUGAGAUGCUGCCGAAUCCCAUUCCCGAGAUUCAACGAACCAACCUCGCGUCUACCAUUCUCACUCUCAAAGCCAUGGGUAUCAAUGAUCUGAUCAGUUUCGAUUUCAUGGAUCCUCCUCCCGCGGCGACUAUGAUGACCGCUCUUGAGCAGCUGUAUGCUCUUGGCGCUCUGGAUGAUGAAGGUCUUCUCACUCGUAUUGGCAGAAAGAUGGCCGACUUCCCACUGGAUCCUCCUCUUUCGAAGAUGCUUAUCAAGUCCGUAGAUUAUGGGUGUUCCGAAGAGGCAUUGACUAUCGUUGCCAUGCUCCAAGCUGGUGGUCAAGUCUACUAUAGGCCAAAAGACAAGCAGGCGCAGGCGGAUGCGAAGAAAGCAAAAUUCCACCAGCCAGAAGGAGACUUGCUUACUUUCUUGGCAGUAUACAAUGGUUGGAAGGCUUCCAAAUUCAGCAACCCUUGGUGUUUUGAAAAUUUCAUCCAAACAAGAGCGAUGAAAACAGCUCAAGAUGUCAGAAAACGUGAGUGCAAUGUCAAACAUACCUCGCUAACAGUCGCAGAGUUGAUCGGUAUCAUGGAUCGAUACAAACACGAUCUCGUCUCGUGUGGCACCAACUUCAAUCGCGUGCGAAUGGCUAUAUGCUCUGGAUUCUUUCGAAAUGCAGCCAAGAAAGAUCCUACUGAGGGUUAUAAAACGCUUGUCGAGGGUACUCCGGUCAGCAUCCAUCCGUCGAGUGCCCUGUUUCAACGUCCACCUGAGUGGUGUGUCUAUUAUGAGCUGGUCCUCACCGCUAAGGAGUACAUGCACCAAGUGACGGUCAUCGAACCGAAAUGGUUAUCGGAAGUUGCGCCCACGUUCUUCCGUGUCGCAGAUCAGAACAAGAUCAGUAAGCGAAAGGCUUCCGAGAAAAUCGAGCCGCUGUUUGAUCGAUUUGCAACAAACAAGGACGACUGGCGUCUUAGCAAGCAGAAGCGCGCAACGCGUUCUUCUCAAACCUUUGGAUAA